AUUCGAAUCGUAGACGCAUCGUUGAAAUUAGGAAAAUAUAUCGACGAUUAUCAAUCGCUCAAUGAUGAUUGCAACAUUUAAACAGAUGAUAAUACUAACGAAGGGCAAUAUUUGUUCACAGAGGAAAAUAUUUAAUAAAGAGUGAAAAGCAUCGAGACAAUGGAAAAUUGUUGAAUAGGAUCCUCGUGACAAUAGAGCGUAGAAUAGAAUAGCGAAUUCAUAGCGAUAGAAUGGAACGGACAAUAGAUGGUCAAUGAUAAUAGAAAAUGUUACAUAAUGAUUCAGUUACGUAGGCAUAAAGAAAUUAACGAAAUGCGUUUUCCGAAAAGCUUCUAUUCAUCUAUCCCCGUGAAGAGAACUAUAACCACCAUCCGAGUAAAAAUCUACCUUCGAAUAAAUCUAAACGAUAGAAAUAUUCGACAAAACACGCGUUGUUGAAAUAGAAAAUUAUUUGACGUAUUCUAAAAAGAAUACUUUUUCAUCGAUAAAAGUUCCACGCGAAUGAACGAGAUGAACACGAUGAACGGGCCGAUGAAAAAAGAUUAUCAAGCAUCGUUUCGUUAACAGAAGUUGAAACUUUAUCCCGGUUGGACGAGAUUUAGUACAGAUAAAAAAAAUUGAGUCGGACGAGAGAGAAAGAAACAAGUAUCAAAAUUUUCUCUCGAAUAGUGGGAACACGCGUGUGAUACGAUACGGAGUGGGGAAAAAUAUAAAAGAAAGUUUAGCGGAUAAAAAGUUUCGAGUCGUGUGAAGAUACACGUGAAUGUACGCGUCGGGAACGAGAUCAUCGAUGAUUCGUUAUCGCGUACGGAAAUGCACGAAAUACGUUUUCAAUUUGUUCUUUUCAAUUUAUAGUGAAUGAUUCGAGUCGAUCGAAACACGCGAUAUAUUUGUAUUUUUGCCGGCCAUCGUAUUAUGAUAUUUUAAAUUCGUCCAUUUUGUCCGAUAAUUAAUUGGAUAAACCGGAUGCACCUUUAGAACCUCGAACAUGAAUGUAUUUAUACGAGUGAGUAUGCAACGAUUAUAUGAUUCUACUGAUAGAAUAUUUUUCAUCGCACACAGUUUUAGAACAAUAUCAUGAAUGAAUAAUCAAUUAAUAUCGAUCAUUUCAAAUGAUCAACGCGAAUGGACAAUAAUUAAUCGUUCUCGUCGCUAGAACUGGUUUCUAGUUGCACUUUUCGUUUUACCGCUCGAGAUUAUCGAAAUGGGAAAUGGUUACAAACUGAUCAGACCGUACAAGUACUAUCAACGUAGACCAUUGCGGUGGUCUGGAUGGUGGCACGCGGAUCACAAAUCAUCCAAGUUCUACCGUUCUAAAAGGAUAUCGCCGGAAGACUAUUACUCCCGCAGACCGAUCUAUAAUAGAUAUGGUUUGGCGAGAGACGAUUUUGAUGGACGUAUCGAAAAUUAUCCCUGUAUCAUCGUGAUACAAUUGUCUAAAGAGAGAAACGAAUACGAAGACGAUAAAAGGAAAUACGAAAGAAUUCCUACGUACGCCAGUGAAAAUGAUUACGUCGAGGAUAACGACGAAUCAAAGAUAUUCGACGUUAAUAACAGAAACGUGCAAAUACAGAUGGUCAAAAGUGAAAAUCCAAAAUUGCAUAUCAAAAUAUCAAGAUCGGAUAACGAAAAAGAUAUUAAAAUUAUGGAUAAAUUGAAUAUCAAUGUACGAGACCAUCAUUGACAAAUAUAUACAAAUUUAAUAUUUGCUCAACGAUGGAAUAACAUCGAAUUAUAUCUUAUUUGAAAAAAAUUUUUAAU